CAUCGAUAGCACGCCGAGCAUACCCUCUACAACAAAAUAUCGACAGCCCCAUCACCGACUAAAACCAGAUUCAUCGUCGUGCGGCAACCCAAAAACCAAAACAAAAUAAAAUGAUGGCCAAAGAUAAGGGGCUGGCUGGAGCUGGGGCGGCCGCCCCAUUGCCGGCAACAGGCGACCAUGAGUGGUCCGCGGAAGAGGAGUUGCAGCUUUUCCACGCCAUGGAAGGACUGCGUCCGGUGGGCAUCAACAAACAUUUCUACAUGUCGUGCAUUGCGCAGAGGCUCUCAAAGUCUCUGAAUCGCGAGAUGCCCAGUGAACUGAUUUGGAAGCACUUGGGCACCAUGUACAAGCUGAAGGAGUUGGACGACCUGGAGACGCUGCCCUUUCCAAACGAGGAGCGAGAGUUUUGCCUGCCAGAACAGGAGUACGGAACGCUAUUGACCAAAAAGAAGGUGGAGGUUAACUCGAACGAUGAAACCACAGAUGGCCCAUCAGCUGUUGCUGCCCCAGUCACAGAGAGCAACGGCAAAGCUCCGCCAGCUACAACCAAAGCACAGGUGCACUCCAACACUUCAAAAGACAUCGAAAAGAAGCUAGCGGCAAAGCCAAUUGAUCUGCCCAAGCGUCCAGCCAAGCGUACACGCGGCUCGAUGUCAAAUGAAUCGAUUAGCCCCUCAACCACACCACCGCCAGUGCAGAGCAGCAAGCGUCGUCGCAUUUAAAGUGCAUUGCGCGGACUCGAAACUAAAAAUACAACAAAUAACUAUAGAGUUUACUAAAUACAUAUGUAUGUAGCUUAAGUUAACAAAUAAUGU